AAGAUGCAGCGGCGGCUCCUGGUGUCGCCGGGCAGGCGGGGGGGCAACGCUGGCCGGAGUCGGGCAGGGGCCGCCCACCGCGGCACCCGCUCGCUCCUAGAGCCCCAAACCUGACGGCCGGGCUUGGGCCCUCCUUGCCGCCAUCCAGCCCGCUGUCCCCCCCGCUGCCCCCGCCCCUCCACCCUUUGUGCAGCCGCCGCCCGGUGCCCCGGGCUCUGCAGGACCCCAGCCGGGCCAGACCGCGGCAGCGAGCCAGCCCCCUGUGGGCGCCAAGCCGGCGGCCGAUGGCGAGGGGGCGCGGCGCGGGCGAGGGCACUGCAGCCCGAGUCCGCGACGCAGGAGGGUCGGCCCGCCUCCGCCGCAUUGUCCCGGGCCCAGCGCCCCGGCCCUGAGCCGCGCCGCCGCAGCGCCCAAUUGCAGCCCGCCGCCUGCGGGGCCAUGCGGAGGGCCGCCAGGAUGGAGGACUUCACCGCAGAGGAAGAGGAGCCCUGGUACGACCAGCAGGACCUGGAGCAGGACUUGCACUUAGCUGCUGAGCUGGGGAAGACGCUGCUGGAGAGGAACAAGGAGCUGGAGCAGUCUCUGCAGCAGAUGUACUCCACCAACGAGGAGCAAGUGCAGGAGAUUGAGUACCUGACCAAACAGCUGGACACGCUGCGGCACGUGAAUGAGCAGCAUGCCAAAGUGUACGAACAACUGGACCUGGCGGCCCGAGACCUGGAGCUGACCAACCAGAAGCUGGUGCUGGAGAGUAAGGCUGCCCAGCAGAAGAUCCAUGGGCUGACGGAGACCAUCGAGCGCCUGCAGACCCAGGUUGAGGAGCUGCAGGCCCAGGUGGAGCAGCUGCGGGACCUGGAGCAACUGCGAGUGCGGCGGGAGAAGCGAGAGCGCCGGCGCACCAUCCACACCUUCCCCUGCCUCAAGGAGCUGUGCGCCAGCCCCCGGUGCGAGGAUGCCUUCCGCCUGCACAGUUCCUCCCUGGAGCUGGGCCCGCGGCCGUUGGAGCAGGAGAACGAGCGGCUGCAGACCUUGGUGGGAGUGCUGCGCUCCCAGGUGAGCCAGGAGCGCCAGCGCCAGCAGCGGGCGGAGCACGAGUACGCGGCGGUGCUGCAGGAGUACUCAGAGCUGGAGCGGCGGCUGUGCGAGAUGGAGGGCUGCCGCCUCCGCGUGCAGGAGCUGGAGGCCGAGCUGCUGGAGCUGCAGCAGAUGAAGCAGGUGAAGACCUACCUGCUGGGCCGGGAGGACCACCUGGCCGAGGCCCUGCUGGCGCCCCUCACCCAGGCGCCUGAAGCCGACGACCCCCAGCCGGGCAGCGGGGACGACUCGGGCACCCAGGACGGGGUCUCCUCUCCGGCCGCGUCCCCGGGCCACACCGUGCGCAAGAGCUGCAGCGACACGGCACUCAACGCCAUCGUGGCCAGAGACCCGGCCGGCCGGCACGUGGGCAGCCUCACGCUGCACGCCAACAGCGUGCGCAAGCGGGGCAUGUCCAUCCUGCGCGAGGUGGAUGAGCAGUACCACGCGCUGCUGGAGAAGUAUGAGGAGCUGCUGAGCAAGUGCCGGCAGCACGGGGCAGGGGUGCGGCACGCGGGCGUGCAGACCUCGCGGCCCGUCUCCCGGGACAGCUCGUGGAAGGACCUGCGGGGCAGCGACGAGGGCCAGGGGGAGGCCAGGGCGGGCGAGAAGAGCCUGAGCCAGCACGUGGAGGCCGUGGACAAGCGGCUGGAGCAGAGCCAGCCCGAGUACAAGGCACUCUUCAAGGAGAUUUUCUCCAGGAUCCAGAAGACCAAGGCCGACAUCAACGCCACCAAAGUCAAGACGCACAGCAGCAAGUGAAAGUUCCCCGGCCAGUGGCCUCCCCCAGGAUUGGGCCGUGGGGGUCCCUCUUACCUGGGCCGUGCAGCCUGUGGUGAGAGAGGGAGCCCUUUAGCAGCAAUACACCCCAGAGGGAGGCUGCUCUCUGACCCAGGGAGCGUGCGGGGGACACCCGUUCCCUGCUGACGGGGGAGGCUGUCGACACCUCUUGCCUCCCAGGACCAUCCACCACCCCGCGCCAGCC